CAAUAAUAAUUUUGCAUUAAUUUGUUAAAAAUUUUAUUAUUAUUAUAAUUAUUUAAAUGUUUAAUUAAUUAAAAUUUAUUUUCCAAAUAUAAUUAUACUAAAUUUAUUUCAAUACAUGCAGAUACACAAAGAUAUUUUAGUACCAAUAAAAAGUCUGAAAAAAUAUAGUUAUGAUUCUUAAAAUAAAGUGUCUUAUAUUAAGUACUUUGAUUUUUAACACGGUCAAUAGUUUUCCGCAGUUUACAAUAACAAAAUCUAAUGAUGAUUUAUUCCCCUUGUCUAUAAUUCACGUGAAUGAUUUUCAUGCAAGGUUUGAAGAAGUCGAUCCUUGGGGUGGUCCAUGCAAAAGUGGUAGCCAAUGUGUCGGAGGCUACUCUAGAGUAGUAUACAAAAUUAAGGAGCUAAAAGAGAUACGAAAAGACAAAAACCCAAUUUAUUUAGACGCAGGAGACAAUUUUCAAGGAACACUUUGGUAUAAUAUCGGUAGAUGGAAUGUAACGCAAGAAUUUCUUAAUUAUUUACCAGCAGAUGCUAUUACAAUUGGUAACCAUGAAUUCGAUAAUGAUAUAGAGGGUUUAGUUCCGUUUUUAGAAGCCCUCAAAGCUCCAGUUGUUGUAGCAAAUAUUGAUGACAGUAAAGAGCCAACUAUACAUAAUUUGUAUAACAAAUCAGUAGUUAUUGAAAAAAGUGGUAGAAAAAUUGGUAUUAUUGGUGUAAUACUUGAAUCAACCAAUGAAAUUUCUAAUACUGGAAAAUUAAUAUUUUUAAAUGAAAGCAUUUCAGUAAAAGAGGAAGCUGAAAUAUUAAAAUCGAAAGGAGUAAAUAUUGUAAUAGUUUUAUCGCAUUGUGGUUACGAUGUGGAUCAAAUUAUUGCUAAAAAUGUUGGGCCCGAUGUCGAUGUUAUUGUUGGAGCUCAUUCGCACACCUUUUUAUAUUCAGAUAGUCAAUUACCCGGCCCCGACAAACCUAGAGGACCUUAUCCAACUCUCGUAACGCAAGAAGAUACUAAUCAUACUGUAUUAAUUUUACAAGCCUCAGCUUAUUCAAAAUAUGUUGGAGAUUUAACAGUUUAUUUUGAUAAAAAAGGAAUUUUUCAAUAUUUUGAGGGGCAGCCUCAUUAUAUAAAUUCGGAGGUACCAAAAGAUCCGUUUAUAGAAAAAGCUUUGAAACCAUGGAAAUCUAUUAUAGACACUCGAGGAAAUGAAUUAAUUGGAUACACUGCAGUUGAAUUAACAAAAUCCGAUUGUGGAUCUGGCGAAUGUAAUUUAGGAAAUAUGUUUUCUGAUGCCCUUGUAUAUGAGGGUUUAUCAUUGCCCGUAAGUAAUUCUAAUUAUUGGGCUAACGCAUCCAUUGCAAUUGCAAAUCAAGGUAGUUUACGGAUUCCUUUAGAAAAAGGAAACUUAACAUAUAGCCACCUAGUAACAUUAUCACCAUUUGAAAAUAAACUUGAAGUUUUGAGUAUUAAGGGAAAAUAUUUACUUCAAGCAUUAGAGCACAGUGUCUAUUCAGCAAAUCAUUUAUCACCACUAUCGUGUGCUAUUGAUAAUGAUGAAGUUAACUUUAAUUUUCGAAAUAUGUUACAAGUAUCUGGAAUGAAAAUUGUAUACGAUUUAAAUAAACCGGAUGAUCAACGUGUUCAAAGUGUUUUAAUAAGAUGCUGGGAAUGUCAAAUACCAAGAUAUAAUAAGCUUGAGGAAGAUGAAACAUAUAGAAUAAUUACAACUAGUUUUGUCGCUGACGGAGGAGAUGGUUACAGUAUGAUAAAAGAAAAUAAAUUUGAUACUAGCGAAUUUUCUUCAGAUGUCGAGGCUGUAACAAAUUAUGUAAGACAUAAUUCACCAAUAACAACAGGAAAAGAGGGAAGAAUUCGAUUUGUAUAAAAAAUCGAUUUUGAAUAAAAAUAAAUUUUAUUAAUACUUAAUAUAUUAAGCUAGGAAAAAAUUAUAAUAAAAUGUUUAUCUUCUAA